AUGCACGCGCUCACCCUCCUCUGGCUGGGCAGCGUUGCGAAGAUUCUCCAGUUGUGCUGCCUCUGUUGCGGCGUUGUGGCGGCAGCGUUACCCGGUGACAGCAGUAGCCUCGGCGCCUUCAACCAGGAUUACACCUUUGUUGUUCCAGUCGAGGUGGACUCCAGCGGAUCUUAUCUCUCGCAUGACAUUUUGCACAGCGCGAGGAGAAAGAGAUCCACCCUGAACUCGAAAGCUUCUUUGCACUACAGGUUUUCAGCAUUUGGACAGGAACUGCAUCUCGAGCUGAAGCCCUCCAACUUUCUGAGCCAGAACGUGACUAUCCAGGUGCUUGGGAAAGAUGGCAUUGAAGAUUCUCAGGUUCGUGAUAUUGAACAGUGUUUCUAUCAGGGAUUUAUAAGGAACUACAGUUCUUCUUCCGUUGCCAUAUCCACGUGCACAGGUUUGUCAGGUUUGAUAAGGACACAGGAGAAUGACUUCCUUAUAUCACCAUUACCUCAACACCUAGCACAGCAACUUCACUAUAUGCCACCUGCUGGACACCACCCUCAUGUAUUGUAUAAACGGACAGCCGAAGAGAAAGUGCACCAGCACAAAGUAGAUCCAAAUCUUUACCACUUUCCCCCUGACCGUCACAGCAAUCUCACUGCCCACAAGUACCACAUUCCAGCUAACGAUUACCGCCAUGGAAGGUUUCAAAAGCAGCAUUUUUGUGGACGGCGCAAGAAAUAUAGUCCUAAGCCACCCACUGAAAAUACAUUCAUCUUAUCUGACGAAUAUGGCAGCCAAGUGAGGUUGAAAAGAUCUCCCAUUAAAAAUCAGAAGGGUGGAAGUUUGAAUGUUGAAACCCUGGUGGUGGCAGAUAGGAAAAUGCUGGAGAAGCACAGCAAGGAGAACAUUACCACCUAUAUCUUAACGGUGAUGAACAUGGUCUCAAGUCUUUUCAAGGACGGUACAAUUGGAAGCGACAUCAAUAUCAUUGUUGUGAGCCUUCUUCUUUUGGAGCAAGAACCUGGGGGACUAGUGAUCAACCAUCAUGCAGACCAGUCACUGAACAGUUUUUGCCAAUGGCAGUCAGCUCUGGUUGGAAAGAAUGGGAAAAGGCACGACCAUGCUAUCUUGCUUACUGGAUUUGAUAUUUGCUCCUGGAAGAAUGAACCUUGUGACACUUUAGGCUUUGCUCCAAUCAGUGGAAUGUGCAGCAAAUACCGGAGUUGCACCAUCAAUGAAGAUACUGGCCUUGGUUUGGCAUUUACUAUUGCCCAUGAAUCUGGACACAAUUUUGGCAUGAUUCACGAUGGAGAAGGAAACCCUUGUCGAAAAGCUGAAGGUAACAUCAUGUCACCCACUCUCAUAGGCAACAAUGGAGUGUUUUCAUGGUCGGUGUGUAGCCGGCAGUACCUUAACAAGUUUCUCAACACUGCUCAGGCAGCUUGUCUGAUAGAUGAGCCCAAACAAGCUGGACAAUACAAGUAUCCUGAUAAACUCCCAGGACAGAUCUACGAUGCCGAUACACAAUGCAAGUGGCAGUUUGGAGGAAAAGCAAAACUCUGCAACUUGAGUUUCGUGAAGGAUAUAUGCAAAUCACUCUGGUGCCAUAAGGUUGGCCAUCGAUGUGAGACGAAGUUUAUGCCUGCUGCAGAAGGGACACUGUGUGGAAUAAACAUGUGGUGUCGAAGGGGCCAGUGUGUACCAUUUGGAGACCAUGGUCCCAAACCUGUGAAUGGCCAGUGGUCAGCAUGGACUAGGUGGUCAGAUUGUUCUCGGACCUGUGGGGGAGGAGUCACAUACCAAGAGAGACAUUGCAACAAUCCCAAACCCCAGCAUGGGGGCAAGUUUUGCCAAGGCUCAAGUCGCAUUUAUCAGCUUUGCAACACUCAGCUCUGUGCAUCGAACAGUCCAGACUUCCGAGCCCAGCAGUGUGCUGAGUAUAAUAGCAAACCUUUCCGUGGAUGGUACUAUAAAUGGAAACCCUACACCAAAGUAGAAGAGGAAGAUCGCUGCAAACUCUACUGUACAGCAGAAGAUUUUGACUUUUUCUUCGCCAUGUCAAACCGAGUAAAGGAUGGAACCCCCUGCUCACUGUAUAAAGAAGAUGUGUGCAUUGAUGGGGUUUGUGAACAAGUGGGGUGUGAUCAUCGUCUUGGAUCCAAAGCUACUUUUGAUGCUUGUGGAGUUUGUAAAGGAGACAAUUCCUCAUGUACAUUCUACUCGGGCCAUUAUUUAACCCAGCAUAAAACUAACAAUUAUUAUCCCAUUGUCACAAUUCCUGCAGGAGCUUGUGGUAUUGAAAUCCAAGAAUUGUUCAUCUCUAGCAGCUACCUUGCAGUUCGCAAUUUGAAAAAGAAAUAUUACCUAACCAAAGACUGGACAGUUGACUGGCCUGGAAAAUUUUACUUUGCUGGAACAAUGUUUGAUUAUCAACGGCCUUUUAGCCAUCCAGAGAAGCUGUCCGCAUCUGGCCCAACUAAUGAGACACUCAUCUUUGAAGUGCUGUUACAAGGGAAAAAUCCUGGCAUUUCGUGGAGGUAUGCCUUAUCUAUGGUGAAUAAUGAGAAUAAGAUAUUCACAAAAAGACACAGCUACUCAUGGGUGAUGGUGCAGUCAGAUUGCUCAGCGACCUGUGGUGGGGGGCAUUUGAUAGCCAAAGCUGUGUGUUUACAGGAUCAUCAAACCCGUGUAAAUUCUUCAUUUUGUGGCCCAAGGACAAAACCUUUAACAGAAACAAUGAUGUGCAAUGCAAAUCCUUGCCCAGCCUAUUGGUCAGUAGGUGAAUGGAGCAUUUGCAGCCAGUCCUGCGGUGGGGGACAGCAAAGCCGUCAUAUCCAGUGUGUCCAGAAAAAGGCUUUCCAUAAGGAAGAGGUUGUGGCUCAUGCCGUCUGCCCAGUUACCACUCCAGCACAAAUACAGGCAUGUAAUAACCAGGACUGUCCACCGGAAUGGAAUCCUGGGCCUUGGUCACAGUGUUCCAAAACCUGUGGACGAGGCAUAAUGAAACGUGAUGUUUCCUGCAAAAGUGUAGGAACAUCCAUCUUAAAAAUCGUGCCAGAGAGUUUGUGCAACAGCGGAACCAAGCCAGAAGUGCAACAGACCUGCGUGUUGGGACGAUGCCCUAAAAAUGAGCGUCUUCAAUGGGUGAUCUCUGCUUGGAGUGAGUGUUCCUCUACCUGUGGGCUGGGCAUUAGGAGGCGAGAAAUGCAAUGCAUUGAGAAAAGUAUUGGUGGCAAAUUGAUCACUUUCCCAUUGCGUCGCUGUCGAAAUCUUAAGAAGCCAAGCAUUGAUUUGGAAGAAGUAUGCCACCAAGGACCAUGUCCUAUGCAUCCUCUGUACAAUAGGAUAUCAGGGUGGUAUUCUUCACCUUGGCAGCAGUGCACAGUGACAUGCGGUGGAGGAGUACAAACACGGAGUGUGCAGUGUCUCCUUCAAGGCCAGCCAGCUACUGGGUGUCUGCUUCAUCAGAAGCCUGCAAUGUCACGAGCCUGCAAUACUAAUUUCUGCCUUGCUCCCGAGAAGAAAGAUGAUCCUUCUUGUGUGGACUUCUUUGCUUGGUGCCACCUGGUUCCUCAACACGGUGUCUGCAAUCAUAAAUUUUAUGGCAAACAGUGCUGCAAAUCAUGCACGUGGAAGAACUGA